AUGCCGCCGACUGAUGGUACCAAAUUCCCUGCGAACGACUGUUCGCCACUUUCUCUCUCUAAAACCGCCACUACCACUUGCGCCUCUCUCCUCCGUGAACUCCAGAAAAUAUGGGAUGAAAUUGGAGAAAGCGACACUGAGAGGGAUAAGAUGCUUCUUGAUUUGGAGCAGGAAUGCCUUGAUAUAUAUCGUAUGAAGGUGGAAAAGAGUAGAAAGAACAAAGCUGAGUUACUUAAGUGUUUGGCCGAAUCUGAAGCUGAAAUUGCUCAAAUUGCCUCUGCCCUUGGAGAAACGGUUUCUGUACCUCAGUACAAAAAGAAUAAAUGCAACCUUAAGCAGCAAAUUUCUGUUAUAUGCCCCAUUCUGGACAGUUUGAGGCUAAAGAAACAAGAGCGAACUAAAGCGAUUUCCGAAAUAGAAUACCUCAUUGCAGGGAUAUCUGCAGAAAUAGCAGGCAAUGAUCCAAAUAUGAGUUCUAACAGAGUUCAAGUGGAUGAACAAGACUUGACCACCAAGAAGUUGAGUGAUCUGAAAUCUUACCUUAAGGAGCUUCAGUUUGAAAAGAAUCUGCGCCUGCAGAAAGUUAAUAGUCACAUCAGUACAAUCCAUGAACUUUCAGUAGUCCUGUCUCUAGAUUUUAAGAAAAUAAUGGCUGAAGUUCAUCCAAGUCUAGUUGAUGCUGUUGCUGGUCAAGCUAAGAGCAUCAGCAACGAAACACUUGCUAGAUUAACUAGUGAGAUUAACUUACUGAACCAAGAGAAACAACAGCGGCUACUGAAGGUAAAAGCUCUUGGAAGAAGUCUUGUAGAGCUCUGGAACCUUAUGGAGAUGUGUACUGAAGAGAAAUCAAAAUUUGAUCACAUCACUUCCUUAAUCAGUUACACUGUUGACAAGGUUUUGAGUCCUGGAUGUCUAUCUGUUGAUGUCAUAGAUCAGGGCGAAGCUGAAGUUGAGCGUCUAAAUGUUCUGAAAGCCAGUAAGAUGAAGGAUCUUAUAUUUAGGAGGCAAUCUGAGCUUGAAGAAAUAUGCGAAGCUGUACAUAUGGAUGCUGAUGGUGAUAAAGCACGGAAGAUUCUCACUUCUCUUAUGGAUUCUGGUAGUAUGGAUCUUUCUGAGCUUUUAUCUAGCAUGGACGCUCAAAUAGUAAAAGCCAAAGAACAGGCCCGAAGCAGAAAGGACAUUUUGGAUAAGGUGGAGAAAUGGAGACAAGCAUCUGAGGAGGAAAACUGGCUCGCUGAGUAUGAAAGAGAUGAAAAUCGAUAUAGUGCGGGAAGAGGAGUGCACAAGAAUUUGAAGCGUGCAGAAAAAGCAAGAAUCUUAGUUGGCAAAUUACCAUCACUUGUUGAGAGUUUAACUGCAAAAGUAAAAGCCUGGGAACUAGAGAAAGGAAUGCCAUUUCUGUAUAACAAGGUAAUGUGGCUGAAAGGCAUUUCAUCAUUUGGCAUUCUGUAUCCGUUAGUCUUUGAGGUUCAACUUCCCUUCUUACAGACUCCUUUAUUGCGGACGUUGGAGGAAUUCACCAUCUCCCGACAAGAAAAAGAAGAGGAAAAACGCCGAUCUCGAGAACAAAAAAAGCUUCAAGAUCAAUUAGCUGCAGAACAAGAAGCAAUGUUUGGUUCGAAGCCGAAUGUCAAAAAACCUCUGGUUCAGAACACAAAUGCUAAUACAAUGGUCGCAACACCAAACAGUAGACGUGUUGGGACUCCCUGGACUCGACCGACAAAGGAUAGAAGAGAGAGUGGUAGAGUGGGUACUGUUAUUCCCAUAAACUAUGUGGCUCUUCAGAAAGAGGAUAGAGGUGCUUAG